AUGGCUUCAUCGCACUCAAACACCAACGGCUGUCAAUUCUUUGGUGUAUGGGCUGAUUUCGCCGAGGUUGGGCUACCUACUUCGGCAGGUGCAAAACGAUCCGGGGAAAUAUGGUUACAUGACUCACGAAGUUGUCGGCUAGGCAACGCGUCUUGUAGAGCACUUGUGCAUGGCAGAGACGAGCGUGCGAGAGACCUGUCACAAAAUGCCUUUCGCUUUUCUCAGCAGCUUGAAUCCCAGGUUGAAGCACUUGUGCUUAGUAAUUCAUUGGCAACAGCUGCAUAUGACACUGAAUCAGUUCUGUGUCGCCUUCUCGACACUGUGUUUGGGCAUGCACUGGCCGCGGGCAGCAUUGCAAGGCAGUAUGCUCGUGCGACAGAUGUCAUUCGGGCAGAAGUAUGUUCAGCCCUUCGCGUUUGCCAUGCCCAGUGCGCUCGACUUUCUCAAGCACGACAGGCAUACAUCUCUUCUCUUGCCCGUCUGAAUAAUGUUAAUGCAAAGAUGUUGGUUCAUCAGCAGGCUUGCGUGUUUUGCAAAGGCAGUCUAGUUAGAGAUCUUGUGGAGCUCGAGAGGCUAAGGCGCUCGGCAAAGCGCUUACAAGACUCACGCCACCUCAUUGAAUCAAUGAAGCUAAGUAAACAACAAGAAGAAUUUAGGACAGCCUUAGGUCAAACGACAGCCGCUAUGUCAAAUGACUUGGAGGAGCAUUUCUUGUCUGAAAAGGCGGCACUCCAGUUGCUUCAUGUUUCAAGGUUGCUCAAUGUACAAGAGGUCAUAUCGGUUUUGCACCAAAGCUGUCCCGUAGAAGAGCAUGCGGCAAGGAAAAUAUUAGACCGGCUUGAGCAGGCAAUAUCCGAUGAGAUUAGGCCAUGCACUGAGAAACGCACCAGAGAAGAGUGGGAACUGCAAUAUGGUGCCAUAGAGGCUGGAGUAACCCCUUACAGCUCUGCUUUUCCCGCAGACUCCCGUGGUAACUGCAUCUGCGUGGUUUCACUACUGCAGCUCCUCCACCUAGAAAGAAAGCUUUCAGUGAAAUUCAGCACCGAUACGAAAAGACUUCUGCAUCUUAGUCGCCUUGCGCGUAGCUUUGCCUAUGCUUGGGAGCACCUUGACAAAUUUCUGGAGAGUGUGCUUGGCCCACUGUCGCACGCAAGUCAUGUGGACAUUACAAACGAUUCUUGCCAAUACCUGCGGGAAGGAAAGUAUAUUGAACAGAUCAAGGUGUUUUUGGAGAGAUGCAGCGAUAGUACUAUUACUCCAGUGACACACAGAUUAGAAUACUUUCGAAGGUGUUUAAGUCAUUGCCCAGCGCUGGCCCAGUCUCGCCUCCGCAUGAUAGGAGUGGCAUUUAUCGAGCCUAUCAGAGUUAACCGCUGA